CAGGCGGCCGGUGUGUGUGUCGGGGAGGAUGCGCGCGGCAGACAGCAGCAGCAGCUCGCGGUGAUCGUCGGAUCAGGACCGAGGCGGAGCAGCAGCUGAAACCAUGAGCUGUAACUGGGGCACCGAGCUGUGGGAUCAGUUUGAUAACUUGGAGAAACACACCAGUUGGGGAAUCGACUUCCUGGAGAGAUAUAGCAAGUUUGUCAAAGAGAGAGCCGACAUCGAGCUGAGCUACGCCAAACAGAUCAGGAGUCUGUCUAAGAAGUAUCAUCCUAAGAGGAGCAGAGAGGAUGAGAGCAGGUACAGCUGGUGUUUGGCGUUUGCGGCGACGCUGCGUCAACUGAAUGAACUCGCCGUUCAGAGAGAAGAACUCGCUGAAAACCUAAACACACACAUCGCGUGUGAACUGACACGAUACACACAGGAAGUCAAGUCCGAGAGGAAGAAUCAUUUCCAAGAUGGCCGCCGUGCACAGCAGCACAUUGAGAGCUCCUGGAAACAGCUAGAGUCUAGCAAACGUCGGUUUGAGCGUGACUGUAAGGAGGCGGAGCGAGCUCAACAAGUCUCCGACAGAAUCGACCUUGACAACAAGACGGACGGCGAGAAGCGCUGCUCUCUGAAGGCCCGACAGACGGCUCAACAGAAAAAACAAGCUGCUGAAGAGUCAAGGAAAGACUAUGUAACAAGUUUAAACCAGUUUAACCAGGACCAGCACCAGCACUACCACACCCUGGUACCAGUCAUAUACCAGCGGAUCCAGGACAUGGAGGAGCGGCGUAUCGAGAGAAUCUGUGAAGCGAUGCGUUCGUCAGCAGAGGCGGAGAGAAAAGUUCUUCCUGUUGCGAGUCGCUGCCUGGACGUGAUGAUGGACGCCGCUGAGGGCAUCCAGCCCCGGAUGGACACCCGUCAGGUGGUGGAGGUGUAUAAAUCGGGCUUCGACCCUCCAGGUGAUGUUGAGUUUGAGGACUACAGCGCCACCAUGAGGAGGAGCAUCUCUGAAUCCAGUUACCUCGACAACCGAACAGAGGGGCGGAGACACAGCAGGAAGCUGUGGCCCUUCAUCCGGAAAAACAAGCUGUUGACCCUCCUCUCCUCCCCCCGGCAGCCUCCCCCUCCUCCCCCCACCUCACCUUCACCUGGGGGCGUGGCCAACUGUCCCCAGUCCCCGCCCCCUGCCCAGAGAGAACCAAUUGCACAGCGGCUAAAUGACCUCAUGACCUCUGGCUCCAGAACCAGGAAGCAGUGUCUGCGCAGCCUGAAGAGAGGGCUUUCACUCAAACUGGGCGCCGGUCCUGCAGACUGCAGUCACCUUCCUCCUGAACAGAGACGCAAAAAACUCCAAACCAGAAUCAACAACAUCAACCAGGAGAUCCAGAGAGAGAGAGAGCAGAGAGACGCUCUGCUGAAGAUGCGCGAGGUUUAUGAACGCAGUCCUCAGAUGGGCGACGCCGGCAGCGUGGAGCCUCGACUGGAGGAAGUGAAACAAAGUCUGCAGAGAUUGGAGGACGAGCUGAAGACCAACCAGGCCUGGCUCUCCGAGGCCGACAGCAGACUCUCUGAUCACGGCAGCAGGAGACAGAGUGGAGGUUGUGGGUUAAAUUCCCAGGCGACGACACCGGGCAGCAGCAGCCUGAAACAGCUCGACAACCGGAGUCCAGCCAGCAGAGAGAGUCCUGACGGCAGCUACACUGAGGACCACAGUGCCGAGCUUCAGUUUAAAUCUCGGAGUUCAGAGUUUGAUGACGACUUUGAUGAUGAAGAACCGUUACCGAGUAUCGGCACCUGCAAGUCCCUGUACCCGUUCCAAGGUCAGAAUGAAGGCACUCUGUCCAUGGUGGAGGGGGAACUACUUUCUGUGGUGGAAGAGGACAAAGGUGAUGGAUGGACCAGAGUACGAAGGAACCUGGAGGAAGAGGGAUACGUCCCCACCUCCUACAUCAAAGUCUUCCUGGACAGCAGCGCCAAAGGCUUUGUGCAAAGUAGUCGUCUAGUCUAGCACAGUAAUCGACCAGUGAAGACGUCCCGCCACAGGAAGUGAUCAGAGGAAGUCUGGUAAAAGCUUUUCAUUGGACAGAUAUUUUGACCAAUCAGAUGACAGAGUGCUGUUGGUACAUGACUGAGUAGAAGUUCCCCGGUGACUGACAAACCAAUGAGAGAGCAUUUUAAAUAUUAGCAGAUAUCAUGACCCAAAUACAAAGCAGAUAUUAGCUAGGUCCCAAACACAGAGCAGAUAUUAGCCAGGUCCCAAACACUGAGCAGAUAUUAGACAGGUCCCAAACACUAAGCAGAUAUUAGACAGGUCCCAAACACUGAACAGAUAUAAGACGGGUCCCAAACUCUGAGCAGAUAUUAGACAGGUCCCAAACAAUGAGCAGAUAUUAGACAGGUCCCACACACUGAUCAGAUAUUAGACAGGUCCCAAACACUGAACAGAUAUUAGAUAGGUCCCAAACACUGAGAAGAUAUUAGAUAGGUCCCAAACACUGAGAAGAUAUUAGCCAGUUCCCAAACACUGAGAUAUAAGCCAGGUCCCUGUGAUGACUGAUCAGUUAGUUUGUUGAAAUGUGAAGAAACAUGUUAAUGUUUAGAGAAUUAACUAAAAUAAAUAAAUACACUUCUGAUAAAUACAUUUUAUGUUUUAUUUCAUGUUUGAGUCCAAACUGAUGAAUUUAGGUUUUAAUUUGUUCUUUUCUGAUUCGCUGACAAACUGAGAUCAGUUUAACCUGCUGAAUGGGAACUUUGAUUCUUCCUGUUGGCUGUUUGUGUUGUCUCAUCGCAGUGAUGCCACAGCAGUGAUGUCACAGUGCACUGUGACAUCACAGGAGGCGUUAAUGUUGUGACAUCACAUGAGGCGUUUAAAAGCAGUUUGAUCAUCGAAGACUCGUCUGUGUAAAUAUAAAGUGUAGCUGCGCAGGUGUAGCCCCGCCCCCGUAUACCUGCUGAUAUAAGUCCCGCCCCCACAGUAACCAUUGUGUAUUAGCCCCGCCCCCUGCUUGUUGGUCAUUGAUCAUGUUAUUGAUUGUGUGAAAUGUGAAACCUUUUUAUUUUAUAGUGAGAUAUUGAUCAGUUCUUGUUUUUUUAUUGAGAUGUGAGACUGCUGAUCACGCUCUUUUCAACUUCCUGUAUGUUAAACUUUCAAAAUAAAGUACUCUGACUCAAA